CUCAAAGGGACGGUAAACUAUGUUGGUCUCAAACGGGACCCAUGGUGGAGGCGCGAUUAGAUCUUCCACAGUCUUGCGUGGAUCACGACCUUGUAUCAUUGUCGAUGAUGGUCCGUUUAUGAUGAUGAUGGAAGAUGCAGUGAACGUGCAGAAGAUGGCACGUCUCACGCUGAGCUUCUCAGCGAUAGGAGGGACCCAAUAGUGCAAGAUGUCAUACACUAUCCAGUCCGGUUUGGAAGUUUCUAAGAACUUUGAGAAAGGUUUUGAAAGACCAUCGAAGGCUUUCUUGAGGUAACCGAUGUGAGUCUCUGGGACAUCAGUGAUGGCCUCAGCGUUGUUCGGGAGGUUGUCGACAAGAGGUAAUGGUAAGGAAACAAAGUUUAUGGAAAGGUUGUUGUCGGAGGAGGAGGGUGUUUUGGGAAGACGGGAGAUGUUACGAGGCGUGGAGAUGAAGGAAACGGUAUGGCCUUUUGUUGCUAUGAGCUUAGAGAGGUGUAAGUAAGGAAUCAUGUGACCUAAUGCUAGCCAUGGGAAGACUUGUUCUGUUUGAACAUCUGGCAAUCACAAAUGGCGGCUGAGUUGAUAAACUCUUGACACGUCAAAGUUAUAGAGUUAUCAACGAAAAUCAACAAGGCAAGGAGGAGAAGUUGAAGAUCAAUCGGUUUUUAUUAGCAAUGUUGGAUCAGAAGAAGCGUCUUUGAAUAACCAAGACACUUUUUGUGUAGAAUAAAUGUUUCAGUCAUCCUGUGAAGGUAUCACGGUUAAGUCUUUAGAUGUUGAUCCUUCUGAUUCAUGGCUUAAGGUGCUUGGGAGAAAAGCGGGAUGGUAUAGUCCAUUCCUCAUGGUCUGCCGUGUCAUGUCUGGGUUUUCUGAUGCCUUUUAUAUCGAGCUACCUCUCGACAACGACACAUUGGAUGAUGUUGCGUCUUCAAGAUUGUGGAGAGUAUGCUUGGUUAGAUGGGACGGUGCCUUGAUCAUUCUCCACUCAUUUAUCAGGUGUUCUUAUUACCAAAAUCCUGUUGUUUUACCUCUUCGGUUUUGAAAUGUUUUCUUUCUUUGGUUUUGAAGGGGAAAUUUUAUAAAAACAUGAUUAGAUCGUGAGGAAACUUAUGUGAAAAUUUGUGAGAUAACCUUUUGAGCAGAAUAUGUCCCCUACUGUUGUUGACGAGUCCGUUAGAGUUAGCAUGUUUAUUUGUUUCUAACACUUAUGAUAUCACUGAGCCUACUCCAAAUCGGUCUUGUGAUUUACAACUUGAUUUGAUCGUGAGGAAACUUGUAUGUGUACAUUUGUGAGAUAACAUUUGAGCAGAUAUCCUGUCUCAUGAGAUGGUUAGAUGUAAAAGUAUGUUUCAUUUGUUUUGAACACUUAUGAUCACUGAGCCUACUCCAAAUCAGUCUUGCAAUUAUAAAAUUUCCCCUGUUUUCUUU